GCGCGCGGCCGCACUUCCUCGCGCCUGCGCGCGCGCGCACGCCGCAACCAGUGAAGAGCGCGGCCUGAUGGGGGCGGGGCCUUCGCUAUACAAAUAGGAUGCGGGGUGGGCCUUGUGGGGGCGGGGCCUUAGCUGCACAAAUAGGAUGCGCGGCGGGCCUUGGAGGGCGGGGCCUUAGCUGCCUUAGUGGUACUCAGCUCCAGGCUGCGAUUUCGCGCCAAACUUGACGGCACUCUAAGCUGGUGGGGUCUGAUCGCCGCUGCAGACAUGGUUCGUCCGCUGAACUGCAUCGUCGCCGUGUCCCAAAAUAUGGGCAUUGGCAAGAACGGAGACUUACCCUGGCCUCUGCUCAGGAAUGAGUUCAAGUACUUCCAGAGAAUGACCACAACCUCUUCAGUAGAAGGUAAACAGAAUCUGGUGAUUAUGGGUAGGAAAACCUGGUUCUCCAUUCCUGAGAAGAAUCGACCUUUAAAGGACAGAAUUAAUAUAGUUCUCAGUAGAGAACUCAAAUACCCAGGCGUCCUCUCUGAGAUCCAGGAGGAAAAAGGCAUCAAGUACAAGUUUGAAGUCUAUGAAAAGAAAGACUAACAUGAAGAUGCUCCCAAGUCCUACUGCUUCUCCUAAAAGGAUGCAUUUUAUAAGACCACUUCUGCUGGCUUGCAAUCUAUGAGUAAUUAUUUCUUUAGGGAGGGGUGGCUGGGAAGACACAUUUGUUUUGUGUUGUGGAGAUAGAACCUAAGGCCCUGUGGAUGCUGGGCCAAUGCUGUACUGCUAAGCCACCCCCAACCCCCAGCCCCAUAUAAUCCUAAUCAAUGUUUUUAUUUCCCAUUAAGCUAACUGGAUUACAUUAAAUAUGCCUUAAGAAAUACCACUUGCUAUAAAGGUCUCAGCGCCCCUCCCAUGAGGCCUCAAGUGGCUCAGCAGCAUCUGCAUAGGGUGUCAUGUGUGCAGAGGACCCCAGAGAAUAGUGCCCCUGGAGCCUGCGCUAAUAUGGGGCUCACAGAAACAGGAUAAGUCCAAAGGCAGGAAUGGGCUUUAAACAGCAGAGCUGAAACUCAGACUUUAAAAGAAAAUUAGAUCAAAGUAGAGACUGGAUUAUUCUGUGCACAUCACACUUGCUGCAAAGCUCUGUUCACUCAGACAGAAAAUCGGUAAAUUGAGAACUCCAUUGUGUUCCGUGGAGACGAGAGCAGGUGGAAGAUUAUGUAAGGUCUGAAACAUGGAAACUUUCUGUUUCUCAUCUUCAGUGAGAUUCCAGGGGAUAUUACAGUGACAGAACAAGAAUAGGCUGCUUUCUACAAAAAAGUAAUCGCAAGCUUAAUAGCUCCUGUUAAGAACUCAGAUAAUGAAUUGAGAAUGGAUACUGCUUGAAAUGAAAAUUAAUAAGUUAGAAACUAAACUUUAUAAAAAUAAAAAAGUGAGCAUUAAAA